AUGAUCCUUUAGUUAUACUAUUGUUUUUCAAAUUAUUGGACGGAAUAUACAAAAAUAGUAGUUGAAUAGUUUGAAAAUUAAUUAAUAAGAAUUGGAAGUCAAAAAGAGAUGAGUUUUGAUAAACGGGCUUAAUAUGUAUAAAAUUCCAUUAUCGCUCUCACUCUCAAAAUGCUUUAAAAUAAUAUUAUUGGAAUGGCAAUUAAUAUAUAAUUUAAGUUUACAUAAUUCUAAUUAGAGUGA